UAUAUUUGGCAAGUAAAUUUAAAUGAUUUAAAAAGUCGAACUUUGUUACGUUUAACAACGUUUAUGUUUCCAUUUAGAGAGAUAUAUAUAUGUAAAUUCUUGCGGUUAAACGCAUGUAUGCGUGUCAAUGCCAUUAGUUUAUUAAUGCGUCUGUCGGACCAGAUGAGACGUCGAUUAUCACGCGACUUCCACACAGGAAACGUUCGGAACUCGCUGAUCAAACGCAGAAACCAAGAAAAUAACAUGUCUGCCGCGAAGGAGAAACGAGUUAGGCCGAGCAAACCGCAAUACAUUUAUGCUUUACGAAAAGGACCUUCUUCAAACGUAGGAUUACAUGCGAAGUUCUGCGGACUUAUAUAAGUAGACAGGUGCAUUUUUGCUUCCCUUUGAAUCCGCGGUUACACUCGGCAAUUUAAUCAACCGACAGAUUUUCUCGUUUUUGCGACGCGGUUUUUGUUACGAAACGGACAAUAUCGUAAUCAGUUUUGAUAUUUGAAACGUGUUUUUGCAAUUUGCACUCAUAUUAUUUUUACAUUGUUCUGCGUUUGAUAAUAUUAUAUUUAGCAUCAGUUUUUUUGCUAUUAUGUCCUAGUAUUACAUUUUAUUCCCGGAGAAUCGGAGAUGCGAUAUUAUUAUUAUUUCGUUCUCGAAACUUGUAUUCGUUAUUAGAGAAGGCAGAUGCCGUUGUUGGGUGUCGAGUUCCACCAACUAGUCUGAUCUCGUUCUCUACUAAAUGUCAAGGUCCUUAAAUGUUCCGAGCGGAACUUCCGAUUUGGAAAUUUGAUAAGCGCGGAAGUAGGUCGCUCCGAUAGUUCAAACUAUCAUUCUCGCGUAACGAGACCUUCGAGGUUUACUUAUUUGCAAGCGAGACUCUUAAGAACAUUAUGCAACGAAGAAUCUCUCGUGAGAAAUAGAAUACUAUUAACCUUCGUGCUCAAUGAGAUUACGGUGAUCUUAUUUCACAAACGCGAACAAACAGGAAAUAACAUCUAAAUAAGGUUUUUAUUCAAAGGUUUAUUUUUUUAAAUAACAGAUAUUUUUUAUUAUCGACCCCUUACAUUUUUUUUCAAAAUCUUCAGAAUAAUUCUUGCGUAAUUCUUGUGUAAUCUUACUUGCGAAACGCAAGCAAAUCAAAUUCGCCUUUUUACGAUUUUAAAGGAAAGUAUAAAACACUCAUCGUCUAAUUAUCUUAAAAAAUGAUGAAUAAAAUUGAUAUUAUGUCGAAUUAAUGUCCUAUAAAUAUAAGAAAAAAAAACUGGAGAACGAUUCUUGAUAAGACAUUAAGUCGACCGCCAAGAGCGAAUAUAAAGCACCGUGCAGAUUCGAAAAUUCUGAGACGAUUUUGAGAGACACUGCGUAUCUGUGCCGAGCGCCACGCGACCGGGUCGUCCGGUCGGGCCGGGUGCCGGGUGUUGUUGAAAUCAACGUGGUGGGGUUCCUUCGACGAGCCUACGAUCGGAGCCUUAUGCCUUCAGUCGACUCUCGGCUCUCACUGCGACUCGAGCUGGCUGAGAUUCCGUUAAUUGAGUAUCGAGCAGCCCGAAAACGUGCCUGGACGCUUCAGGUGCGGGGCCAUCCGUCGCAUCGACGAGGAGAAACAGUAAUAAUAAUAAUAAUAAGCAGCGCAACGGAGAAAGAAGAAAAGGAGGAAGAGCAGAUCUCCUUGUUAUUUCUCGAUUACGUCACACGUUCAGGGAAGUAACCUGCGUGGGAUUCGAUCGGAUCUCGCCGAAGAUAAAGCCACAUAGAGGAGGUUUAUUCGAGAGGAAGUGAAGGGAAUCGAAGCAGAGUAGUGGGGAAGGAAGUAUCCUGCCGUAAGAGUCCUCGGAGCAGUGUGAUCGGGAUUAAGCGCGAGUCGACAAUCUCCAAUUGAUCGUAGCUGACCGAUAGUCUGAUUCCUACCUCAGCCGGGCGAUCACCUUAACGACUUUAGGAUCCACCGCGUGCUGUACAGUUAAUUAAUAACGUGGGUGGUUUCUCGGAAAAGAGAAAAAGAUUCGGGGGAAGACGCCGAAAGCCGAGUGGACAGAGGCAAAAGAAACAGACCGAAGCAAAGGGAACCAGCCGAUUAAAACCAGGUUCGCGGAGAGUGCGGCCGGGGCCGAAAGGGUUAAAUAGAUGCAGGAAUCUGCAGACGGCGCCGUUGUACUCCAUCGAGAAAGAACAUCGAAUACCUGCGCUCGAAGAAACUCGCGUAAACGUGCCCGAAGGACGUUUCCUGAUCGAACUGAUUGUGCUCGUGAAUUUCGACGUGAUUUUAAUUGUCGGUAAAGGACCAUUUUUUUUACGAGAAAAUUGUGGCGGGAAAACGUUCAUUUAGCUAAAAGUACAGUUAAUUGUCGUCGAUAAGAAUCGUAGAGAAUUAUUGAGGCGGAUAUUAGUGAGUACUGGAAAGUAAAGUUUCAUUUUACGAAUUUCACAGCAAGAUUAAUUAAAAAUUGGUUCGUCCUCCUUAGAGAUUCGAUGCUAAAAGACUUUCUUUUAAACUGCAUGGCGCUCGGUUAAAUCUUGCAAAGGAUAUUUAUGACUUAAUUAUAUAAUCGUAAUGCGAAUGAUAGAUUAUAUUUAAAAAGUAUUAGUGUCUUAUAACUUUCCCGAUCGAGAGAUCUCGUGUGACCGUUGACACAUUUGGUCCCGCUUGAAUGACAUCGGCGGGAGUCUAACAAGGUUUCGGAAGCUUAAUUGGGACGACAUCGCGAACCAUGUUGUGCGGCACGUUUAAGAAGAGGAGUAGGUAUCCGGGGGACGAGUAUCGGUUGGUUAGAUCGAACACCAUGCCGAGGAUAGUGUCGAGGGACGCCAGCUUGAUGUCCGUGCGGAGAACAAAGUCUACGAGGACCGCUCGGCCCUUACUGAUCAAGGACCUGCUGCAUAUGGGUCUUGACAAUGUGAGCUCGGCAACCCUCAGGCCCUUCAACUCGGAUAUCAACACACCGAGGAUCGACAGCUACAGGUUCUCCAUGGCGAAUCUCGAAGGUAAGUUCGCGGGUCAUUCGCUCGUCCGGGUUUAUCGACCCCGCUUUCCAUCCGGAAAAGUCAAGCCCGAUCUGUCGAUGAUGCCCACACGUGCCAGGCUCGAGAUGCGUAGAGCAAAAAGUCGGCUUUGACAUGUGUCGACCACUCGAGUCGUCCGGCCCGAUGACCUCUCCCUGAUUUUCCGUCGCUUUUUUUUUUCUCUCUCCACGCUCGAUUUUCCUCGCCCCAUCAAACAGGAAUGACGGAAGCCUAUCGAAGUUUCCCUCUCGAUCGAUCUCGGCAGCUCCUUUCAACGCGAUACUCGUCGUCCUGGAUACUCGCGCGUUCCACUUUUUUAUCGUUCGUUCCUCCUCAAUUUCGCGAAGGCAGAAAGCGGCGUCGUCUCCCGCGGUGCGUGAAUUUUUCAGGCGCUUCCUGCCGCGGCUCUCUCCCGCGCGGCUUCUACGCACGGUUUCGCUCCGGAGGAGACAUUAAUCGCGCGACAAAGAUCGAUUGGCGAGAGGCGGCUAACGAGACGCGAUACAUAUCUCUCUGUCGCAAAAAUUUAUUUCGGCCAUUUGCUUCCGGUUUAGGCGGCCGCUACCGGUUUGGCUUUAUGCCGCCUCUUGACUUCGACACCGGCGGCUUUCUCGUGCGCUAUGAAAUUAAUUUGCGGCCGACUUCGACCGUCCGUACAAUCCAAUAUGUUCCUUUGAGAUAUUUUCAGUUUCAAUCAUGAGACGCACAAGACCCGAUUCGCUCGUUUGGAAAGUGGCUUUAGCUUACACACAAAUCGAAUUUUCUCAAUAAUUCGUCAUAUCCUUUAUUACAUAUAUACAGAUAUAUUAAACGAGACGCGUAUAUGUGUUUCGUUUCUUUUUUAUCCGGACAUUUAUGAAUGUUUUGUUUUAUGCGCCGCGUGGUAAUUCUAUGAAUAUUGCCCUCUCAUUAUACGUGCCGUUCGCAGUCACGAUUCUCUAUCUCAGUUUCUGUUCUCGUACCUCACCCUCGCCCACGCGCACAUACGAGUAUAACUGCGCGAAACGCGAUUAUGAGAGAAGCGGAGGAACAGGCUCGAAGAUCCUCGAAAGAACUCGUGCGUGCGUGCGUGCGUGCGUGCGUGCGUGCGUGCGUGCGUGCGUGCGUGGCCACGGCGAUCUCCAUCUCGCCAUCAUCGUUGCCGCUGCCUGCAAGCUCCUCGACUCGCUCGAUGCAGAAUCUGGGGGCGGACAAUCGAUACGGUGAUAUAUUGUUGUUGCACGAUGCAAAGAUCGAGAGUUAUAUAUAAUGCGGCGGAUUUAUCGCAGAUGGGUGGGAUUAUUAUUUUUGCCUUUCCGGCUAAUGAUUCAUCUGGGAAUCGUAGGCCCCUGAGAAACACGCGCACGGUCUUAGUAUUUCACACAUUGUGAGAGGUAGAGGUGCUCUUUAGCCAUUAACGCUAUAAGUAUUUAGAAAUCUGAAAUAGUGUACUUAGCUCUGAUAAGCUGUUUGCGUUAAAUUUAUUUAUAAAAUUUAUUUAUAAAAUUUAAUUAACUUUAUAAAUCUAUUUAUCGAAUGUUCGAGUUAUCUCUCUCUGUGUGAAUUUUUACGAUUUAGCAAAAAUAUCUAUACAACAAAUGGUAUAUUUGCCCAGAGGCGUGCACGCAAAAAAAAAAAA